CUGCUACUAGACAAAGGCGUCGACGUCAACGCGCAGGGCGGUAGUUUAGGCAAUGCACUCCAGGCGGCUUCAGCUGAAGGCCACAAAGACAUCGUAACGCUGCUGCUAGACAAAGGCGCCGACGUCAACGCGCAGGGCGGGUUCUACGGCAACGCACUCUAUGCAGCUUCAUAUAAAGGUCACAAAGAGAUCGUAACGUUAUUGCUAGACAAGGGUGCCGACGUCAACGCGCAGGGCGGAUUAUACGGCAACGCACUCCAGGCGGCUUCAGCUGAAGGCCACAAAGACAUCGUGACGCUGCUGCUAGACAAAGGCGCCGACGUCAACGCGCAUGGUGGACACGACGGCAACGCACUCUAUGCAGCUUCA